AUUUUGUAAUGUUUGGGGCUGGCCCUAUAGAUGCCAAAAUAAGUGCCAGGAAGAACUAGUUGUGUCUGUACAGGGCCUAGCACAGUGGGGUCCUGGGGCUUCCAUGCAAUACACAUAAUAAAUACAGUAGAACCUCGAUUGCCUGAACCCCAAUCUUACGAACAACCAGUCACACAAACCUAUUUCCCUGAUAGGGGGAAAAAAUAUCACCUGACGAAAGCAAUGCUGGUGAAGAAAAAGUCGACAUCCCUCCCCAUUCCAAAACCUUCGGUGCACUGGAAAUCGCUAUGCAGUGGUUCGAAGGGCAAGAAGAAAGCGAAGACGGUGCCCCAUCCUGCAAUACUGCAUUGGACCUACUGUACGUUUCAAGAUGUUCCGUUUUAUGAACGUUUUGCUUUUCUGAACUCCUCAGUUCCCAACUGGGUUGUAAGAUAGGGAUUCUACUGGAAUAAUAAUAAUGCAGAUGAAAGAGAGACCGAUGGAAAUGCACAGAUCUAUAGAUUAGAUAAGGGGUGUAGGUGGGGACAGAUAGAUGGGUGUGCCUGGGAACAGCUAGCUAGCUAGAUGGGUGUGCACAAGGCCAGCUAGCCAUGUGUGCAUGGGGAUAGCUAGUGGAUGGGGAUAGCUAGGUGGGUGUGCAUGCCCCGAGCUCGCCGCCUCCGUGAGCGGGGUUCGGCCGCCCCCUGCCGGCCCGAGCGGGGAAGGAGCCCCGGGCCCCCGCCGCGCUCCGGCCCCACGAGCUCUCCGCAGGCAGCCCCAGCCAACAGGCUCCUUCGCGGCAAGGGCUCAGGGCCACGGUGUGCAUCCAUUAGGAGAAGGUGGGAGAGCUGUGUGUGGGCGAUCCUCCUGGCCUUGCUUUCUCCCCUGCUCUCCAGGGAAUGGAGUCCAGCCCACCGGAAAAAGGCAGGCGGCUCUCCGAGACCUGGCACUCGCGGUGCUGCUGCUGUGGCCCCAAACUCUGCUGCUUCUGCUGGUGCUGCUGCAGCAGCUGCUUAAGGAGUCGGACGGUGAGAAGGAGACAAAGAGACCGGUUCGGGCACAAGACAUCCAGUGUCUCCCAGCUGGAGAUCCCCCCACCCUUUGAAGAAAGGCUCACUGUAGAAGAAGCGGCCUCCUGGAAGCGCUCGUUUGAUUGCGUGCUGGCGAGCCCGGCUGGCCGGAGCGUCUUCAUGGAGUUCCUGCGGACGGAGCACAGCGACGAGAACAUGGCCUUCUGGCUGGCCUGCGAGGAGCUCAAGAGGGAGCAGAGCCAGGAGCAGGUCUGCGAGAAAGCCAAGAAGAUCUACCUGGAUUACAUCUCUAUCCUGUCCCCAAGGGAGGUCAGCAUCGAUGCGAGUGUGCGCGAGUCAAUCAACAGGUCCCUGGCAAGGCCCAGCGCGCAGAUGUGCAACGAGGCCCAGGGGCAAAUCUACACUCUCAUGCACCGAGACUCCUACCCCCGGUUCCUGAACUCACCACUGUACAAGUCACUGGAGCAGAGACUGGCUGUGCUGGCAUGUGACACCUAGCCAAGCCCCGGGCACGCACACGCGUGUCAGGAUACUGCCAGCUCCUUCAGCUUCCUGCCAGCUCCUCAAGGCACCGGGGGAAGAUGGGACAACCCUAGAGACAGAGCCUCAGUGCUCCCUCUCUCCCCGUGGGUGAAGCCACUGAUGUUUUGGUAGCAAUGUUGAUCUAGAACUUACUCUAGUCUGUCUGAACCAAACAAGAUGUAACUCAUGCUAGGCUUUGGGAGAAUUUCACUAGGGCCAGUAGAGAUGGGACGAGCCUGGGGUCCUAGAAUUGGGAGCCUUUCAGAGCAUUGUUUUUCCUAGAAUUAGGAUGGUAUCUCUGUUGGCGUGGUUCUAGAGCAUGGACGAUAUGUGUGGCCUGGACCAUGGUUCUAGAACAUGGAUGGUCACAAGCUGGAGUGGGAUCUAGAGUGUGGCUUGUGUGUGAUCAAGGGGUUCUACUACAUGACUUGUACAUGAGUCUGGGUUUGUGGAACAAAGGUUAUAGCUGAUCUGUGAUAGGUUCUAGAAUGUGGGGCCUUCUCAAUCUGUGGGGGCGUUUAGGAUUGUGAAACUUUGAGAACUUGAAGCACCAUGUUUUUGUUUUAGGGGCACGAAAAGUUCCCCACCAACAUUUAAUUGUGUUUCAGAAUUUCUAAGAGUUUCAUAAAUCUCUUAAGUGGGCUUCUUCCCCACCUCUCUGAGCUAAGUCAACAGGGCUCCGUUACUCCCUUAGUACUGGAGCAGGUCCCAGCGGGCAGCACAUUUAAAAUCUGGCCAAGCAGCUCCCAGGCCUAGCUCUAGAUGGUCACUAGAGAAGACACUAACGUUAUUUUAUUUAUCAGUUGGGGCUGCAAAAAUUAAUUCUGUCCCGUGAAUGCAAAAAAAAUAAAAAUAAAAAAAUCCACAGGGGAUUAAUUUAAAAAAAUGACUUUACUAGCCACUCGCUAGAGUCUUUAGACCAUAUGUUCAAAGGUGGCUACUUGUUUUGGUUGUCCACCUUUAGCCACCGUGGGCAUGAUUUUCAGAGGCCGUGAGCCCCCAUAUAUCUAAUGGGAAUUACAUAUACCCAGAAAAGCGUCUCAGAGGCAGCUUGUGUUAGGUGCCCCAAAAAAUCCUGCCUGAAAAUUGGCUAUUUUAACAGCUCCUCUCAUUGGCGCUACAAGAUAUCACUCAUGUUUUAUGAUUUGUGGCCAGUCUUAUCUAGCUCAUUCGAAGAGGCUGCAACUUCUAAAUGCCCAGGGAACGGGGGGGAGGGGGGUGCACGCGCACCCGCUUGGGAGCUUGUGUAUGAAAUGAAUCGGUGAAUCUGUCUUUUUUUCCCUCACAAGAGGCAUUCCCAUCACAAAAUCCCCCACCCCAGGUGCCAUUAAUAAUGAUGUAACACUUUCAUCCAUAGAUCUCCACAUGCUUAACAAGGGAAGAGCAGAACCAUCAUCCUUGCUUUGGAAGGGGGGGGAGGGGUGGAACUUAGGCACAGAGCAGGGAAGUGACUUGCUCAAGGUUGCACAGCAGAGCCAGGACUAGAACCCAGGUUUCCCAACUCCUUCUCUGGUGCCCGAGCCAUGGGACGAUGCUGCCUCCACUCACUGGCACCUUUGUUCCACCAUUCCCCUUUCACGCAUAUAUCAGCAUAAUUCCAGUGGAUACAGUCACUGCCAGAGGAGACCUCAACAUGAGUAAUACCCAGCUCCUCCCAGCAGAUUUACAAAUAUAGGUCAGUAGCGUGAGCCCUAUUUUGCCAGCAAGGAAAUCGAGGCACAGAGCAGGGACAUGCCUUCCCAGGGUCACACAGCAGGCCAAUGGCAGAGCCAGGAAUAGCGUGCAGGACCCAUUAGCCCCAGUCCAAUGCUCUAUCUACUAGGCAUUGCAGCCUCCUUAACAGAGAUGAAGGCACAAAUGGCUUGUGGUUUCAGAUGCCUCCAUUUUGGGGUGCUCAGCGUGAGAACCCUUCAGAAAGCACUCAGCCCCCACCUCUCAAAACCAGGUGCCCAUUAGCAGACACCAUAAAGCGAGGCACCCCCAGUCACUUAUGCAAACGCAAACCUAGGGCCUGUUUGUUCUGUGUGAACGUUAAAGAUCCCAGGGCACUUUGCGGUGGAGUAGACUUUGCUCUGGAGACCUUGGCCUAAAUGACCCCUACUCCCAAUUCUGUGUGCCACUUGGCUGCUACCCUCCACCCCAGAGCUGGCUGCAUGUCAGCAGCACUGUCCAUAUCGCGUUG